AUGUUUAGUCGGACGUUUCAAAGUGCCGUUCUGAACGCGGAGGGCCAUAACCUUCCAAGCGAAGGUGCGCAAGAGGAGCCGCAUAGGAUGACGUUCUGGCACUCCUAUAUUGACCCGGCGCAUAGCGAAAAGAAGCGCCCCGUUGUCGACGUCUCCGCACCGUACAACCCCCUCGAUGAGACGCACCAAGUGCGGAAGUUUGGUGUGCAGAAACUACCGUUUGGCUUUAUUUCUAUGAAUGCAUUCAUUGGGGUAAAGGAGGAGGUUCCCUACACCGACUCGAUGCACACCUUCGAGUGUGUCAAGUGGUGGAUGGGGGGUCUGAACGUUUGGUACGUCAACUGGUUCCUGGCACGUGCGUCGAACUCUUUUGGCUCAGUAGGAAACCCGCGAACAAAGUUUGCGUGGAAUAUAGCGCUAGCCAUGGGCGUGAUACGGGCCAACAUCGCCGGCCUCAUCGGCAUCGGCGGCUACUUCUACACGUACGAAUGGCUCUACACGCACGGCCCGUGGCCAUUCCGCAUCCGCGACCCGAGCCUCAACGGCUGGAAGCGGGCGUGGGACGAGGGCCAGGGCUGCUAUAUGGCCCGCGCCGCCGCGAGCAUCUUUCCCCCUCUAGGCUACGCUUUUUUCAUGGGCCGCUGGAAGAAGACGAACUUCUGGUUCAUCAUGACACUUCUUGCGGGCCUGCAGUACGAGUACGCACGGCAGUAUGUCCUCUCGGGUAGCCGUCUCUUCUACAGUUUUCACGCGAACAAAGAGAUCAACCGGCAGGCCAACUGGGGUUCGCUGAUGCCAGUGCUGGCACACCGCGUCGACCCCGACACGAAUCGCAACGCCAGUGUCGCGCAGUUUCGGUACUUCCGUAUCACCAGUGGCACGAUGCAGGAUACUAUUUGGGAGAACGCAACCCACGAGAAUCUACCAUUGUACCGUGGUGGACUGCGGCUGCCGAAUCCGUACUUCAAUUGGCAGAAGGCCCCGCAGACGUACAAUGCUAAUCCUUGUCUCAGGAAAAAUGAUUUGUGGGAGAUGCCACAGGUGCUGAAUGCACAGAUGAGAUCCUCAGCGAUGGACAGAGAUCCAGUGAAUUCUGUAGCCUGA